AUGCCUUCAAAACCCAAGGUCCCCGCCGACCAUUCGAAGCAGAAUGUCAACGCAAAGAAGAAAGACGACGAACUCGACCUAAGCGACCUCCAACUUAUCAAGGACCUUCGUUGGAAGAUUGACCGUAUACCCAUUCUGGAAAAAUUCCGCAGGACGCUUGUUGGAGAUGGUAACAUCUCAACAAAUCGUGAAGAGUAUCUCCGGAUGAAGCUGCAUCAAGAGUAUCCGAAGUUGUACGCUACUGUUCUGAAGAAUAUAUCUGCCGAGGGUCGGAAACUUGCUAGCCCCGAGAAGAUCAAGGAGAUUGCGGAGAUUUUCCUCCAGAUAGCUGGGGGAUUUCACAAGAAGUGGUUCUUCACUCUCAAAACAGACAGCUUCAAUGUACGGUUGACGAAGUUUCGGAAAACUCCAACGACCGUCCCUCAUCUGGAGACAUUCCACAUGUUCCAAAAACUCCCGCGGGAGUUGAGAGCUAUGAUCUGGGGUUUCGCCGUGUGGGCGCAGAACCGAUUCGUGGGCACGUAUCGCCUACGCAAAAUCAAGUCAGCUCCUUGCCCUGUCUUGUUCCUUACUUGUAAGGAGUCUAAAUUCUGGGCGACCAAGCUGUACAAGAGAGUCAAGAACGGAGACCUUCUUUACGGAAGGAUCAUGCCGGCUUCCCGAGAGGCGAGGGGACCAGUUAUUUCGUUUGAAAACGAUAUCGUGAUGACGGGUGACUGGAGACUCUGGAAUUCUUACUACGGCUAUUAUUCUAAAGAGGUAGUUAAACUACAGUCAGCAGGGCAGGCACUCCGCCCAAUUCAUAAACGCAUCGAGGCUCUGUGCAGACGGGCUUUCCACCGAGUUGUCCUACAGCGCCCUCACUACGUGCAUCCCGAAUUGAUAUUCUACAAGAAUGCACGCAAGCAUGUCACUACCUUUCCAAAGUACGGCGGACGCAAUGAUUGGGGCUGGGCUUGGACGGAUAAUAUCGAGGAGGUAUGGACAAUCGAUGGAGUCCACAACUAUAUUGAUAAUAGCGUCAAAAAGCACCUCGCUCGUGUUUUCCCGCCAGUCCCCGGCGAUGACUGCUUCUGUUCCCUCUGCGAGCGAGCCGAUAUUGCGCUUGGGCGGGAGCUUCCUUACCAGAAGCCCGACCCCCAGGACAUCAAGGAGCAUGAGAGAAUCUUCGACAUGGUUGACGCCCGCAGUAACUGGGAGGGAGAGUCCAUGCCACAGGGGCUCAACAUUAAUAUGUGA